UUUCAACCAGCUUGCGGCGUUUGCCGUGUCACGGUUUUGUUUUGAAUCGACGAACCUCCUUGCCGUCGUCGGUGGGACGAAAUGUUCAACAAGAAACCUCGCAGAAACUUUCGGCAGAGGAGAGGAGAGUCGAGUGAGGAAGAGGGCGGACAGAAGAGCGACGAUGGAGAGGGAAACACGGAGGCCUCAGCUGUGAUAAACAAGCCGACCAAAGCAGCACAGAGCCGCGGCAUUUCCUGCAGCUCCAAGCGGGAAGCGACGCCUCCGGAGUCGGACAGCAGCGAUGGGGAGGCCGGCGUGGAGAGGUCCGAGCUGACAGCAGGAAAGACAAAAAGUCAAAACAAAGAUGGGGAGAAGAAGAAAGCGAACACGAUUCUGAGUUUUUCUGACGACAAAGAAGCUGAGGGACCUGAGUUUAAACUGAGGAAGUCAUCUGAUAAAGCCGUCGUGUUCCAGUCUAAAAGGAGGAAAGACCCACCUGCCAAGGCCAGCCAGACUGCUGCCCCAGCAGGUGGAGGUGUCUCACCAUCUGCUUCCCCCAGGCAGGAUUUUGGCAGCCAAGCUUCGCCACAUGAUCCCCAACAUGAUGAUGAUGACGACGAUGAUGAAAGUGACAGUGACAAAGGUGGUAUCAGGUCUCCUUCAUCUAGCUCAAGUUCAUCACCAGCCUCCCGCCACUCUACUCCUAAACCAGUAAUUAUCCCCAGCGCCAAAGAGAUUCAGGCAUCCAGGAGGCAGCGCCGCGAGGCACGAGCCCAGAAAGAGUUCAUUCCCCUGGGUAGAGACGGCCAGACCUCCCCUGGUAGCACACCAAGCCGCAGCAGCAGGGAAGACGAUGAAGACAGAGAUGACGAUGACGAGCCAGAUGAUCACGAGAGGAGGAUUGAGUUUGCCCCGCGGUCCAAAAGCAUCAAGGAGAGAAUUGCAGAGAAACUCGGAGCCAGUGAUGGCAGUGCCUCUGACUCCUCAGAGAGGGAGGAGCAGGAGUUAUGGGAGGAGACACAAAUCAAGAAGGGAGUCAAGAGACGACCAGGAGGACAGAGUCCUUCUGGCAGUGAGUCCAGCAGCCACAGUAGCAGCAGCAGCAGCAGAAUAAACAGGAGGAGGCAGAAGAAGAGCUCGGCGGGCGCAAACAUCCCAGAAACUCUGCCGCAUGUCUCUGUCUCAAUGGUGAAGAGGAGGAUCUCUGGAAAACUGGACUCUCUGAAGGAGGUGCACAGAGCUCGGCAGGCGGAGCUGAGGAGGAUGGAGGGGGACAUAGAGAGCGCCCGGACCUCCUUGGAGAACCUGGAGGAAAGCUCUUCAGAGAAGCAGCUGAUGUUUUACAGAGCCAUGACCCUGUACGUCCACAACCUGGUGGAGUGUCUACGGGAAAAGAUUGUGGAGAUCAAUUCAUUAGAACUGGAGCUGCACACUCUGCUGUCUGACCAGAUGGGGGCGCUGUUGAAUCACAGACGGCUAACCGUCAGGGAGAAGGCUGCCCACCUGCAGCAGCUCAGCUACAGCACCAAUGAGCCGAGUGCAGACUCUAGCAAUGGGAUCCAGAGUCAAAGUGAGGCAGGUACAGGGGAUGAAGAUGAGGAAGACUGUAGUGAUGUACCUGAGGACACACAACCUUCAGCGGACGAGGAAGAGCAGCUGCAGAGGAAGAAGGCUGGCAUCCUUUCGAGGUCACAGGAUGUGUUUUCCGACGUCCAGGAGGAGUUCAGCGAAGUUAAGAAGAUUCUGUCCCGCUUCGAGGAAUGGCGAGCAGCCCACUCCGAAUCUUACCACAGUGCCUACAUCUCUCUGUGUCUGCCCAAGUUACUGAACCCUAUCAUAAGGCAUCAGCUGCUCGCAUGGAACCCUCUGAAGGAUUCCAAUGGGGACUUUGAAGCCCUCCCAUGGUACACAGCAGUGGAGACCUUCUGUCACGGCCAAGGCCACGAAGAGCUAGAGCACACAGACAGACAGACGCUGCGUAACGUCAUAGAAAAGACACUUCUGUCUAAAAUGACAGCCUUUGUGGAGUUGGUGUGGGACCCUCUGUCCCGUCAUCAGUCAGCCUGUUUAUCUGAUGUUUGUCACAGACUGAGAGAGGACUACUCCGUCUUCCAAGGAGAGCAGACCAAGCCCGUCAAGGCGUUUGUGGAGGCCGUGGUCGCCCGGCUGAGGAGCUGCGUGGACGAAGAUGUCUUUAUCCCUCUCUACCCGAAAAAGUUUCUUGAAGACAAAUCGUCUCCUCAGUGUCGCUUCAGAGACAAACAGUUCUGGAUGGCUGUAAAGCUGUUAGGUAACAUGGGGAAGUGGGAUCUGCUGCUCCCCGAGUCUGAACUGAAGGAGCUGAUGUUGGACAAACUGCUGAACCGAUAUCUGAUGAUCACUCUGCUGAACCAGACGCAGACCAGCAACACUCUUGCUACAUGCAAAAAGAUAGCAGAUUGUCUGCCGGCCUCUUGGUUUACAGGAGUGAGUGAGUGUUUGCCUCAGCUCCAGUCUUUCAGGAAGCAUCUGGUUCAGACAGCUCAUUCCAUCUGCAAACAACAGCCCCCUGAAGACCCUAAUACCAGGUCUGCGGUGGUGGAAGUUCUCCAGGUUUUGAGUCGAAUACGAUCCUUCGACUCAGUCAUGGCUGUAGCAGAGAAAUAUCGUUAUCAAGAUGUCAUCUACUCUCACCAGCUACUGAACCAGGAUGGAGUAUAAACUACAAAGACAGUGAAUUCAGUGUCCACUUUUUUUAAUCUUUCUAUUGGAUCUGACCUGUGAACAAGAAGCACGUUAACGUCCAGUAUCUCCAGCUUUUCAGCUGCAUCACGAGGAGGCGGCGAAGAGAUGGCCUGGCCAAUUAGCAAUAAGGAGUUUUGUCAACUGUGAUGUCAGUCCUGUUUGUUCAUUGUAAACAAUUUGCUGCUUGUUGUACAGGAGGUAAAUAUUUUUUCAUGAAUAAAUAUUUGAAUUUUAGCAA